UGGAUUACGUGAUAUUUGUAAUUCUGUCUUACAGACAUGUUUGGUUCCCGUUCCACCGUUCUCAUCCUUAGAACGGCCUCAUCUCCGUCUCGUUCAACUCGUUCAAUGGCCUCCUCCGCAUCUGCAAAAUCUUAUCGCCUUUGCAAACCUUAUCCCAACUAAACUCCGAUUAUGAACUGAUGCUGUCCUCUGUUUGGUCUGGGAAAGAUUUGUGAGCCGUGGUGCGGUGGGUUCUUUCUCUUCAUUUUCCAUGGAAGUUUUGCUCAUCGAUCUGGGGUUAUUGCUGGUGGGUGUUAAUAGAGAGUUAUGCCUAGGGUGUGCAUGGAACUAUGGAAGAGGAUUUUCAAAUAGGAACCAUUUUCAGAAAUUGUCAACAGAUGUAAAUAUUCUAAUUAGAAUAUUUACACCCAACAAUCCAGGUUCGUAUGUGCCAGCAAUUGAAGACCUGGGAAUGAAGGAACCAAAUUCCAGAUUUGCAUUUGAGGCUCAUAACCAAAUGUUGCUAAGAAUUAAUAUCGACUUUUUCUCACAACUGGGAACACAUCUCACAUGCUUGUGCUCUACCAUUUUUUUAAAAAAAUGGUUGAUCACAUCACCCUAUUGAUUUACAUCAUUAAAUACUUAUUAAGUUCUUAUUGCUAAACAUAUAACACUGGAAACAAUCGCACUAACUUUGAUCCCUUUGACCUUAUAAAAGGAUCGCGAUGUGCC